GGAAAAAAUAUAAACCACGCGUAAAAAGAAUGAUCUACAGAAGCCUGCACUGAAAAGGAUUUAUCAAAGACUACAGGAAAAUAGGCUCCUGGUCUCUGCAGCAAAUGGCAACUUGUGCAGUUACCAAUUAUAACAAUGUGCUAGAAGCAAAUUCUGAUUCCGAUGAUGAAGACAAAUUGCACAUAGUGGAAGAGGAGAGUGUUACAGACGCAGCAGACGGUGACGGCAGCGUGCCAGAAGAUGACUUGCCAACAGACCAAACAGUAUUACCAGACGGCAUUGAGAGCAGAAAGGGAUGUAGGAAAAAUUGCUGGGAGGAUGAAGACGGGGCAGAUGGCAAUGAAAUCCUGGGGCCUGAAGCUGACGCAGAUGAACUUGGGAUUACAGUGAAAGAUGAGGAAUGUGAUUCCGAUGCAGAAAAUGAACAAAACCAUGAUCCCAAUGUAGAUGAGUUCUUGCAACAAGGCGACACAGCUGUAAUAUAUCCUGAAGCACCGGAAGAUGACCAGAGGCAAGGUACUCCGGAGGCUAGUGGUCAUGAUGAAAAUGGGACCCCCGAUGCGUUCUCCCAGCUCCUUACUUGCCCUUACUGUGACAGAGGAUAUAAACGUUUUACAUCACUUAAGGAGCACAUUAAGUAUCGCCAUGAAAAAAAUGAAGACAACUUCAGUUGCUCCAUGUGCAGUUAUACAUUUGCCUAUAGGACCCAGCUCGACCGUCACAUGACAUCUCAUAAAUCGGGCAAAGAUCAAAGACAUGUAACACAGUCUGGGGGCAAUCGUAAAUUCAAGUGCACUGAAUGUGGGAAAGCCUUCAAAUACAAACACCAUCUAAAGGAGCACCUACGAAUCCACAGUGGAGAGAAGCCAUAUGAGUGCCCAAACUGCAAGAAGCGAUUUUCCCAUUCUGGCUCCUAUAGUUCCCACAUAAGCAGUAAAAAAUGUAUUAGUGUAAUCCCAGUGAAUGGACGUGCACGCUCUGGGCUGAAGACUCCUCAGUGCUCUUCUCCAUCCCUUUCAGCUUCCCCAGGCAGUCCAGCCCGGCCACAGAUUCGUCAAAAGGUAGAAAACAAGCCUUUACAGGAGCAACUUCCAGUUAACCAAAUCAAAACCGAACCUGUGGAUUAUGAAAUUAAGCCCAUUGUUGUCACUUCAGGAAUCAACUGCUCAGCACCUUUGCAAAAUGGAGUUUUUAGUGGUGGUAGCCAAAUACAGGCAACCAGUUCUCCUCAGGGUUUGGUACAAGCUGUUGUUUUGCCAACUAUGGGACUGGUAUCACCAAUAAGCAUAAACCUUAGUGACAUUCAAAAUGUUCUAAAGAUGGCAGUAGAUGGAAAUGUAAUAAGACAAGUAUUAGAAAAUAACCAUGCCAAUCUUGUAUCCAAAGAACAAGGAACACUCACUUCUGCAACAAUACAGCAAGCGGGUCAUUCUGUUAUUUCAGCUAUUAGUCUUCCCUUGGUUGAUCAAGAUGGGACAACCAAAAUAAUCAUUAAUUAUAGUUUAGAACAACCAAGCCAACUUCAAGUUGUUCCACAAAAUUUAAAAAAAGAAGUACCUCCCCCAGCGGAAAUUUGCAAAACUGAAAAGUUACCAGAAGAUCUGACCAUCAAAAUAGAAAAAGAUACCAAGUUAAGUGAAGACAGCACUUGUAUUGAACGUCCAGAUGACAUUAAUGCACUUCAAGAACUUAAGCACUAUGAUCAGAAAAAGAACACUCAGCUUCCUGAAAACAGUAAAACAGGAGCUGUAAAAUCGGAAUUGUCUUCUGUGGAUUCUGGAGAUGAAAAUCUUAUUCCUAGUCAGCCGCCUCUAAAAAACCUCCUUUCUCUUCUGAAGGCUUACUAUGCUUUGAACGCUCAGCCGAGCUCUGAGGAACUUUCAAAAAUUGCAGAUUCUGUAAAUCUACCGCUAGAUGUGGUAAAAAAAUGGUUUGAAAAAAUGCAGAAUGGAGAGCUUUCUGUACUACCUUCUAGGCCAUCUUCUCCAAAAAAUGAACAAAAUAGUAUCCCAGAAGAAAAUAGUAUUAAAGUUGAAAGCAAAGUUAUAAAUGGCACAAAGGAAAUACAGAGCGCACUCAAAACGGAACCCUCUGAGCCAUUAAUAGAGAACGAUUCUGCAAGCGGCACAAAGUCACCGAUAAACCUCUCAUCUCUAAAAAACACAGAAGGGGGGACUGAUGGAGAACAAGGAGACUUGCAGGUAGAACCUCUUGAUUUAUCAUUACCAAAGCAACAUGGAAACGUGUUGGAGCGACCUUCCAUAACUAGUGUUUACCAGAACAGUGUUUAUUCUCUUCAAGACGAACCCUUGAACUUAUCUUGUGUUAAAAAAGAGCCAUUGCAAAUAGACAAUGUUGUGAAAUCAGAACCAGCUCUCAUUUUAAACCCAAGUGCCAAUCCAAUCAAUAUUGCUAUUCCUACAGUCACUGCCCAGUUACCUACAAUUGUUGCCAUUACUGAUCAGAACAGUGUUCCAUGUUUAAGGGCACUAGCUACAAACAAACGGACUAUCUUGAUUCCUCAAGUGACAUAUACUUAUUCAACAACUGCUAGUGCUGCUGUCCCAGACAUGCAGCAAAAAAACAUCCAACCCAAUGGAAUUCAGGAUGAAAGGCAAGACACAAGUUCAGAAGGGGUCUCAAAUGUGGAAGAUCAAAAUGAUUCGGAUUCCACUCCACCAAAAAAGAAAUUAAAGAAAACAGAGAAUGGACUGUAUGCCUGUGACCUAUGUGAUAAAAUAUUCCAAAAGAGCAGCUCGCUGCUAAGACAUAAGUAUGAACACACAGGUAAAAGGCCACAUGAGUGUGGAAUCUGUACAAAGGCAUUUAAACACAAGCAUCAUUUAAUUGAACAUAUGAGAUUGCACUCUGGAGAAAAACCCUACCAAUGUGACAAAUGUGGGAAGCGAUUUUCACACUCCGGAUCCUAUUCCCAGCACAUGAAUCAUCGCUACUCAUACUGCAAGAAAGAAGCAGAGGAACGUGAUGGUAUUGAGCUGGAGGAGAUAGGGCAGGAGAACCUUAGCAGUGAGCAUGUAGAUUCUCAAGUGUCUCCGUCUCAGAUAGACUCUGAUGAGCGUGAGAGCAUAACUAGAGAAGAGGACAGUGAGAAGGAUGAAGAGGAGGAUGAGAAAGAUAUGGAGGAUGUACAGGAAGAAAAAGAAUGUGUUAUAGCGCAUGACAUUGAAGAGGCAGAAAUAGGAGAUGAAACUGAACAAUUAGAUGAUACUUCGAUGGAAGAAGAAUGUGUAAAUAAAGAAACUGGUUUGGAAGAAGAAGUUACAGAACAGAAUGUGUCUGAGAGUGACAUAACCCAAACUUAGCUGAUCUCUUUUCCAAAAUGGAAAAGUCUUAUAAAAUUAAGAAUUUUAUUCUAUAUAAUACAUGCUUUUCUCUGAAACACAGUAGCUUAUAUACUGUGGUUUCUGUUCACUACUGUGUUAAAAAAUCCAGGUGUGCCUGAAAUCUUAAACUUAGUAAUUUUUCACAGCAAUUUUAAAAAUUUAGGAAACAAGUUUGUUACAUGCAACGUCAAAGAUAUAUAUAUAUAUAUAGAAAUAAUGACUCAGAAGCUAAACAUAAUCAGGUUUUAAACAAACCUACUCAUUCUGCUCAUAUACACAUCUGGAUCCUUUAUUUUAUCAGUAUUAUGUUUCAUGACUGUGUUGGCUAGUUUGUACAUUUGGGAGAAAUUUUUAUUGUAUUUUUUUUUAAUUAACGUUCAUACAUUUACUAAAUUUGCAUCAGUAUUUUAUUUUAUAAAAAAUGUGAGUAACUUCUGCACUACAGAAUUCCUUUACAAAUAAUGCAUAUUUUAAAUGUAUCUACUACCUUUGUACAUCCAAGUCAAGGUAGAAAGUUAUAGAUGAUAUAGUUAGCAAAUUAUAAUUUACAGCAUAUUUUUAGCCUUAAGAAAACAACAAAGUGAAGUAAAGGGUGUGUUCUUAUAAAUGUGGUUAAAAUGUAAUUAAGAUUUUCAUGAAGCUCUAAUUGCAGGGAAUAACCAUUUAUUCUGGGAAAUAUAGCAAAAAUCAGUGUUUGUAGUUGCUUGAAUAUGUAGUAGAAUAUGAAGGAUAUAAAGCUAUGUAUCUCCUUGGCCUUAUGCAAGACUUCUGUGCUGUAAGUGCCAUUUCAGUAUUUUAAAGGCAAAUAUUUGCCUUUUUUUCAGAGUGGGGUCUAUAAUAGUUGCAUUUUUAACUUUUCUAUACUUUAUUCCAUAGUAUAAAACAUCCAUCUUUACAAAUAUAUAUAUACUUUUUUUUUAGAUGUAUUAUUUUAUUAUUUUGAUUGUUACUUACCACUUUUCUAAUAGAAACUCAGACUAUUUAAGUGUAUUUUUCUCUUUGUUGCUUUUUAAUGGAAAUAAGUCCUUGCCAGUAUUUGUUCAAAACAUGCUAACUAUUAUGGACCCCGUUAUUGAUGGUGUUAGCAAAAAUUACCUAUCAGUAUUAUUUUACGUUCUUUUAGUUUAGGUCUGUGCAACGUUUUUUUGUACUGUAUGUCUUCAAACCUGGCAGUAUUAAUACCCUUCUUACUGACAUGUACCUUUUAGUUUUAGAUAACUUUUAUAUUUAUGUGUCUUAUUUUUAUAUUUCUUUAUUUAUUACACAGUCUAGUGUAUAAAACUGUAGUUUGUAUUAAUACAAUAAUAUAUUUUAGUAUGAAAUUUUGGAAAGUUGAUAAGAUUUAAAGUAGAGAUUCAAAUGGUUCUCUUGCAUUGAGAUUUGAUUUACCAGUGUUAUGUUAACAUUUAUACUUGCCUUGGACUGUAGAAAAAGGUAAUUUAAGACAGGAAUGUAAUAGAUUUACAGUCGCAAUCAGGUGAUGUUAGUUAUGUGGCUUUUAGUAUGAAAACUGUUUUGAAACUCACUGUGUUACUAAUGGCAAAAUACUCUGCAGUUCCAGAGAAGCCUAAUUACCACAAAGGUAAUCGUCCUUAGAAAGCCAAAUUAGAGUAACUUUAAAUUACAGUGUUGAGAAGUGGGAACAAUGUUUAACAUUUUUGUGCCAAUUUGUUCCUGUAUUCAUAUAUUUUUAUUGUUUUUGUAUUUUAUUUUAUUGUUUUUUUUUUUUUUUUCAGGGAAAAACAAACAAAGCAUAACUUUUUAUGUUCAUUGUUAUAUCAUAGCCAUUUUCUAGUUUUUUACCAAGCUCCCUCUCUCACAAUAAAAUACAUCAACAAGU